GAGCAGUUACCAUUCCAGAUCUAUAUUUCAGUCUUCAUGCUUACUGCGGACAGAGGUCUCUAUUGAUACACACACACACACACACACACACACACACACAGUUCACACAUGUCCACUGAGGAAAAGUUGAGGUGCUGUUCUGCGAUCCUGUUCAGGAACGGAUUUAAAGCUUUAAACAGUUACAAGAAAGAGCAGAGGUGAGCUAUGUCCUCCUGUGAGGUGAAGUUCAAAAGCAGGAACCCGUACACAGCGGUGCGGGUGGACCCAGACAGUGAUUACAUCACUCCGGGAACAUUAGACCUUGAGCAGCUGUUCUGGACCAGCACCGGGGCCCAGUAUGCACAUGUCAAUGAGGUCUGGCCCAGUGUCUACAUUGGGGACGAGAAAACAGCUCUGGAGCGGCCUGGCCUGAGGGAUCUGGGUGUCACACAUGUCCUUAAUGCAGCAGAGGGAAAGUGGAAUAAUGUGCUGACUGGUGCUGAUUACUACACUGACAUGGACAUCCAGUACUACGGAGUAGAGGCUGAUGACAAACCCACCUUCAACAUCUCCCAGUACUUCUUUCCCACGGCCCAGUUCAUCCACGAGGCCCUCAGCCACCCACAGAACAAGGUGCUGGUGCACUGCGUGAUGGGUCGGAGCAGGUCUGCGACUCUGGUCUUGGCAUACCUGAUGAUGAAUCACAGCUUAACUGUGGUGGACGCUAUUGAGCAUGUGCGACAGCGCCGCUGCAUCCUGCCCAAUCAUGGCUUCUUAAAACAGCUCAGAGCGCUGGACAUCACAAUACAGGAGGAGAGGCUGAGACAAAAAAGAGAAAUGCAAGAGCAAUAGUACACAACAGAUAGAUAACAUGCCUGUGUUUACUACUUCAAUUUUUCUUCUGAAUUAAGCUGAGACAUACAAAAAUGUUCUGUUUCUUUAUUGGGUCAUUAAAAUGUGUUUUGUUUUUGUGUCAUGUCAGUCUUAUGAAGUUCAAAUGUAACAUUGAAGAAUGUUGUGUCCUAAAGGCUUUUUGUUUUUAACAUCGGGCCAGUGCUGGUACUGAUCAGAGAAUGGACAGAAAUGUUCUGACUCAGUCAAUAGUUCUGGUUGAGUUAGUUGUAUGUGGCACAGGUAAGAAAGAAGUGAUCAUAUAUAGCCUGGAUGCAGCACUGCCUCAGCUCUGCUUCUGUGUCCAGCAGUAGAUUCGUUGAUAUGGGAUAAAACGUGAAAUUGACCAAACUAUGGUUCGCACUCACUGAUACUAUCUCGGUUCUGCCUCAUCCUCAUUUCAGGGCACUGAUGAGAUUAUUCUUUGACAUCCCAAGACUGUUUGCAGAAGUGUUCUAUUUCAAGACUGACAACAAGACUGAAUUCUUUGUUUAAUUGAAUUAUUUAAAAAAAAAAAAAAAAGUUUAAACAUUAAACAAAAACACUGUUUAUGCAAAUGAAUUUUAUGCAUCACAAUCUAGCACAGAGAAAGGCAACUUGAGUGCUAUUGAGAGUGAGACCAGGAAUAAUAUGUCACAAAGCUUUUUGGUGUAUCUGAACAAAUUAAACAGCCUAUUUUAAUUAAGAUAAAUCUUUUGGGCUCCUUGCCUUUAUUUGAUAGGAACAGCUGAAGAGAGACAGGAAAUGUAGGAAAGAGAGAAGGGGGGGGGGUGACAUGCAGCAAAGGGUCAUGAGUUGGACUUGAACCCAGGAUGCUGCAUUAAGGAGUCAGCCUUGUAC